GCAAACGCAAAGCACGCGAUUUACACACCCCAAUUUACACACACACACACACCCGAACACUCACGCACACACCGCCUACACACGCACACAGCGCCACGCCCACGCCGCCGAAACGCCCAUGCAAGCCGGCUUGCAGGAUUUUUUUGCUUUGGUAUUCCUUGGUAUUCCUUGUGUGUGCGUGAAAAAUUUUAAGUGCCUACAAGUCUGCGGAGUGCAACGUAAAUUACACACAAAUAUUCAGGCAACUGGGCAUCUGAGAAGCUGAGAUCCUGAAAAUCUGGCAUGGGGAUGCGACACUUGACAGCCGCCAGAAUGGGCGUAUUGCCAGUGGGCGUGCUGGGAUUUGUGCUGGUGCUGCAGCUGGUGACAUCGGUGCAUGGACAUGGACGGCUGAUGGAUCCGCCGGCCAGGAAUGCCAUGUGGCGCUUUGGCUACCCCAAUCCGGUCAACUACAACGACAACGAGCUCUUCUGCGGCGGCUAUGCGGUGCAAUGGGAGCAGAACAAGGGACGUUGCGGCAUCUGCGGCGAUGCCUAUCACGUGAAGCGGCCGCGUCCCCACGAAGCUGGCGGUCAAUAUGGCAAGGGCAUCAUCUCGCGCUACUACACCUCCGGCCAGACCAUCGACGUGGAGGUGGAACUGACGGCCAAUCACUAUGGCCGCUUCGAGAUGUUCCUGUGUCCCAACAACAAUCCGCGUCAGGAGGCCACGCAGAAGUGCUUCGAUCGCUAUCCGUUGCUGAUUUCGGGCAGUCGCGAGCAUCGCUAUCUGAUACCGCGCGAUGCCAAGAAGAAGGAUAUAUUCCGCUACAAGGUGCGCUUGCCGCCAUAUGUCACCUGCACGCAGUGCGUCCUGCAGUGGACCUACUACACGGCCAACAUGUGGGGCACCUGUGCCAACGGCACCGAGGCCGUGGGCUGCGGCAAGGCAGAGACCUUUCGCAACUGUGCGGAUGUGGCGAUCGUCUCGAACACCGGCGGCGGCAUUCCGCCACUUUUCGUGAACAACAAGUCGCCGUAUCUGCUCUACUAUCGCGAUUAUCGUGCGCCGGCGGACAACAACAUCUUUCCACUUAUUGUGCGUGACCAGAAGUGCAUAGGCGCCCCAGCCUUCCGCACGUUGCCGGGCAUCGACAACUGGUGCGAGAUCAACUGCCUGCGCUAUCCGCCCAACUGUCCGGAGGACGCCUGCCAAUGUCCUCAGGAGUGCGUGGCCAUUGGCGAGUAUGCUGGGCAGGAGGGAGCCGACACCUACUGCAUGGACAAGUGCCUCAACUACGAGUCGGAGUGUCCGCCGGACAGGUGCCGCUGCUACUAGGCCGGCAGCCCAACCCACAGCUGUGCUGCCCACCCAUUGCCCAUGCGAAGCAGGAGGACGAUGCGAACGCAAGAUCGAAAACGACACAAGAUCCAAUGAAUUGAAUUUAAUCGUAGACACUGCGCGUUUGUUUGAAUUU